AUCUCCCAUGAAUGUCAAAAGAAUAUUCUUAUGCCUCAUCUCAAAUCUUUCUUCCAUUCUAACCAGAUUUAUAAACCCCAACAAAAUCAUCAUAAGUAUCUACAACAACCAAAAAGAGAAAAAUUACACCACAAUAAAUCCACCANAAUCCACCAAAAAAAAAAAAAGAAAAAAAUAUGGCUUUUCCAGACACAACCGGUACAAAUAUAACCCCUCAAAUCGUGUUUUUCGAUUUAGAAACUAACGUUCCCGCCAAAACCGGACAACAAUUUUGUGUCCUUGAAUUCGGAGCCAUAAUUGUUUGUCCUAAAAAGCUAGUCGAGCUCGAGAGCUACUGCACCUUAAUUAGGCCACACGACUUAUCCAUCGUGCCCGUGAAAUCUGGGCGUACUGAAGGCAUAACGCGUGAGGCCAUUGCCCGUUCGCCUUCGUUUGCUGAGGUGGCAGAUAAGAUUUUCGACAUGCUGGAUGGGAGAAUAUGGGCCGGCCACAACAUUCAACGAUUUGAUUGUGUCCGGAUUAAGGAAGCCUUUGAUCGGGCUAACAGGCCCAGCCCGAGGCCCGCUGGGAUCAUUGACUCAUUGAGGGUGUUGACCCAGAAAUUUGGGAGGAGGGCUGGGAAUAUGAAGAUGGCAACAUUGGCGGAUUAUUUUGGUCUUGGCCAGCAGAAGCAUAGGAGUUUGGAGGAUGUAAGAAUGAAUUUGGAAGUCUUAAAGUAUUGUGCAACUGUUCUUCUGCUGGAAUCAAGCCUACCCGCAAAUGUAUUAAACGGGCAAUGGCACAACAAUUCAACUGUAACUACAAGAAGCAGAAGCAGCCUAAUGCAAUCAAGUCCAGAUAGAUUGAGCAACAAGGGUUUAGCAUUUACAGGAAAAUCAAAUAAUGGAAGAGAAGAAAGAAGCCGAAAAUCACCUCCUUCGUCGUUGAGUACUUCUCAACAAAGGGCUGUCCCUUAUGCAAGACAAAGACUCGGAAAGAUGACAGCUGAUAGUGUGAAGAAAAUAUUUGACUAUGCCAAAAGUCAAACUCUCAACAACUUUUUGAAGCAUUCCAAGUCAUUGAUUAGAUGAGAGUUUCAAGGCUAAUUAAUUAACCACAUUGUUUCAUGAGAAAGAAAUUUGAAGUGAAGAAAAAGUGUUGCCAAGCAAGAAACGUUAUGAAAGUUUGAUUUGUGACCUUAAUGGAGGCGUCUUUAUUUUUAAGAAUUCAGAAAAGUUCAAGUGGGCAGCUCAAUUAUGGUCUUCUGCUGGAUGGAGAAAGGAAAAAGAAAAGGCAAAGACAUAGGAAAAUAAUAUAUUCGAAUUCAAUUUUUUUUAACCCUUUGUGCUUAAUUAAUGUAGAUACAAUCUUGUGCAACUUAAAAAGUUGUAUAUUAGCAUGCAUGUUAUGAAAAUAAGAGAUCGAAUGCAUCUUUCAAAAUAACAUGUUUGAGCAGGAAAAAAGAUAUUUAAUCAUUGGGAAUAUAGCUGUAAAAUAGCCACAUUUUAAGCAUAAUUUUAAGUUUGGCUGCGAUACCAUUUUAAUCAUUAACAUUGAUCUACCUUUGAUUUUGCCUCCAAC